AUUAAAUAAUUUUUAACAUAUUCACUAACACAAUAUAAUAUAAACUAAAUAAUAUAACUUAAAUAAGGGUUCACAACGAAUUUGUUGAAUAAAUUUGUUAAAAAUUGAUAAAAAUAGAGAGAGAUACAGGAAAAUCAUUAAAAUAGAUGUUAAAUGAAAAUUCAGAAUUAAAAAUUUUGAUUUUCGUUCCUUGCGAUAAUGACCUCUUCAAAGAAAGACACGGGAAACUUGUUAGACAAUGGCUAGUUUACGUUUCAGAAUAUUAUAAUAAGAAAAUCAACUUCAACUUCACUGAAAUUAAUAUAAUUCAUCAAAAAAUACCACCUCUCAACGACGUUCUAAAAUAUAACGGAUUAUUGAUAACUGGUGGAUUUGCCUCGAUAGGACAUAAGGAUCCUUGGCUUGGCGAACUCAGACACUUGAUUCGGCUACUCUUUGUACAUAAAUUUCCCAUGUUUGGGAUUUGCUUCGGAUUCCAAGUCAUUUCACAGGCACUGGGUUCUUCAUAUUUACUAGCGCCUUAUGGGUUCAAUUUCUUUGCAUUGGACUAUAAGCUCGAGCCAAAAGCCUCUGCGUUUUUCAAACCAUUUUUCAACUAUUACCAUAGAUAUGAAUAUAAUAACAAGUUGAAUGGGAAUAAAACUAAUAAUGGUGUAAUUGAUUUAAAUAAAGAGAAUUAUAAUAGUAUCAUUGGAUUAUUUUCUCAUAAUGAUGUUAUCACAUCGUUGCCUGAUGGCUCGAAUAUUGACUAUGGUUCUUAUGAGGAUCAAAAUCGCACUGAAAUUGAUGAAGCGUUGUCUGAUUUAGUCGUGACGAAUAUUUCAUCGUCUGACAAGUUUCCUAUUUUAGGUUAUCUUGCCGGUGAUAGUAAACGCACUUUUAUUCUAUCACUACAACAUCAUCCUGAAUUCCAUACAUCACCAGGUCUUACUUACUUUAAUGAUGUACUGAGUCUGAAGCUGAGCCAAGGGCUGAUGAGUUCAGACCAGUUUGAGAAGAACAUUGAAAUGAUAAAGAUGUUCAACGAGUCAAACUCAGGCAAAGUCUACGGACUAAUGACACUCUCUCUAUUCUCAAAUGGAUACAUUAAACCAGAACAAUAAAACAAUUUAAUAUUUGUUUGACUGGGAAACGCCCAGUCAUUAAUCUCAUCAAAAUUCA